CGCGGAUUUCGUCUAGUUGAAUAACGGAAUGGGGCGAUUUGUCGAUCGGUUAAUUGCAUUCGCGUUUCGCGACGUUUAUGUGCUCGAAUUGAGCGUAUAUUUACGUGUGAUCGCGUCUCGAGCGUAUAUUUUUUGAACGGGUCGAAUGGCUCGGUUGGCUCUUGAUUCGACUCGUGUCGUAUUUGCGCAUCUUCGACGUAAGGUCGCCGAUAUUCAAAUCUCUCGAGUCGGCAUCGUCGGCAUCAGGUCGUGAAAAUUGAUUCACUAGCAGUCUCGCAUUUCUACGAAUGUCGUUUCGUUGAGUAUGCAACGAGAGGAGAGACUUCCUUGGGACGAGGAUAAGGCUCGGAGAAGAUGUCAGAUUCACUAGCAGGGUAAUCUGGGGUAAUCAUAUCAGAUGUUUCUAACACGUUCUGAAUACGAUCGUGGAGUGAAUACCUUUUCGCCAGAGGGCAGACUAUUUCAAGUUGAGUAUGCCAUAGAAGCCAUAAAGCUCGGCUCCACCGCCAUCGGAAUCGCAACGACGGAAGGAGUCGUUUUAGCAGUGGAGAAACGUAUCACUUCCUCCUUAAUGGAGCCAACAACUGUAGAAAAAAUUGUAGAAAUCGAUAGACACAUAGGAUGUGCGGCGUCUGGUUUGAUGGCUGAUUCGCGGACUAUGAUCGAUAGAGCUCGAGUCGAAUGCCAGAAUCAUUGGUUCGUCUACAAUGAAAGGAUGACAGUGGAAUCGACUGCCCAGGCUGUGUCGAAUUUAGCGAUACAGUUUGGAGACAGCGACGACGACGGAACUGCCAUGUCCAGACCGUUUGGCGUAGCGAUGUUAUUCGCUGGAAUCGACGAGAAAGGUCCACAGCUGUAUCACAUGGACCCAUCUGGUACUUUUGUCCAAUUUGAUGCAAAGGCAAUAGGUUCUGGUAGCGAAGGAGCGCAGCAAAAUCUUCAAGAAGUAUAUCAUAAGUCCAUGACGCUCAAGGAAGCGUUGAAAGCUGCGCUGACAAUACUUAAGCAAGUGAUGGAGGAAAAACUGAAUGAUACCAACAUUGAAGUGAUGACGAUGACGCCUGGACAAUUGUUUCACAUGUUUAGCAAGGCAGAAUUACAAGAGGUGAUCAAAGAUAUUGCUUAAAAACUAUGAGCAUAAUUGAUAACGAAUGAUUUUACUACACUAGAUCGCGGAAAGAAAAAUUAAUAAAUUUCGUAAUGGAAUAGCGUGUAAUGCAAAUGUAAAUUAUAUCUCUAUACACGGAGCAAACAGUUUAUGUCUGUAUAUUUAAUAUUUUCAUUUAUCUUCUUUAAAAAGAAAAUAUUGAAAAAAAAAGAA